AUGGCGAUGCAACUCUCCAAAGUACGAUAUUCCCUCCAGAACCAAACCACGCGCAUUUUCAAAGUCCUCUCCGUCGGCGUCAUAUUCUACAUCCUCACCUCCUAUCUCCUCAUUCCCCGAAUCAAAUCCUCCCCCCUCACCAUCACCGAAGACGACAUCUCCUUCGAGCAACGCACAUCCCACAUACACAAUGAUUUCCUCCCCGCCGCCAGCGCCGAACAACUCUGUGCCUCGCACUCCCUCACACCCUACCCCGAGCGAUCCCAGAAACGCAAGAUAUACGAUCUCUUCAUGAUCAAUUCCGAGCUCGACUGGCUCGAAAUCCGUCUACACGAAAUGAACCCCGAGGUCGAUUAUUUUGUAAUCCUCGAAGCCCCCACGACCUUCACGGGCCUCGCCAAAAACAUGACUUUCCAAGAAAACCGCCAGAAAUUCGCCGCCUUCAAUGAUAAAAUCAUCUACCACGUUCUCACCGACGCACCUCCCCCCGUAUCUAAUACCACGCUGCCCGGCUCCAAAGAAUACGAGGCAAAUGCAUGGAUACAAGAAAAGUUCCAGCGCGACGCCAUGUUUACCCAAGUAUUCCCCACGCUAAUGCACGAGCAAAAACCAAACGAAGGGGAUGUAAUACUCGUGUCCGAUAUUGACGAGGUGAUCCGACCCGCCUCUCUACAAGUCCUCCGAAAUUGUAAUUUUCCCAUCAUCCUUACGCUGCGCUCUCGAUUCUACUACUAUUCUUUCCAAUUUCGACACCGGGGAGAACAGUGGCAACAUCCUCAAGCUACAUUUUAUCAAGGACUGGAAAACACAAUAAAGCCGCACAGUUUGCGCAGCCGUCACGGGGGACACGUUGUGGUGGACGAGAGGGAUAGUAAAAAUGUAGGGGAUAUGUGGAAUGCGGGGUGGCAUUGUAGCAGUUGUUUCAGUACGAUUAAGGAGAUGAGGAGAAAGAUGGAGAGUUUCAGUCAUACGAAUCUGAAUAAGGAGGAGUACAGGAUGACGGGGAGGAUUGUGGAUAGAGUGGGCAGGGGGAAGGAUUUGUGGGAUAGAUUUGGACAGUGGUACAAAAGAGUAGACAAUAACAACGACAUCCCCACCUACAUCAAAGACCACCGAUCAAAAUUCGGAUACAUGGUUGAUCGCGACGGCGAAGGCGCCGGAUUUGUCGAUUACGAAGAAGUGGUCAAGCAGGAAAGAAAAGGGCUUGAUUUGAUUUAA